CAUCAAGGAAUGGCUGAAAGCAAACGCACCAGACCUCCUCCACAUUCAAGUGGGCUGCAUACAUAUACGAAAAUGGUACUUGGAAUACUCCAAGAAAAGGAAGUAAUCAGCAUUGAUAAGAUUUUUGACAUAAUAUACAAGGAACUUAAUAGAGCGARUGACGAAGUCCACAAGGAUUCUUUGACUUAUACCAGCAAAAACGUCUAUAGAAGACUAGGAGAUGUUCUCAAUGGUUUUGCUGCAAUCGGGAUGAUAUCAAGAGAAGGGAGAAUCGUCAAAUGGUUAGGUUAUCCAAACUGCGAAGAAGAAGAAGAAAAAAAGAAGCUAAAGGACGAGAAACAAAAGCUUGAAGAGUGCAUCCAAGAAAAAAUUGAAAGCCUGGAAUCACUGACUAGCAAGUCAAUGUCGUUAARGAGACUGGUUCGCAUGAGAAAGAACGAGGUAAAGGAACAACAGCAAGGCAUUGUUGAUCUGCCCUUCAUUGCCAUUAAAACCRAUAAGAGKACCAACGUGGAAUGCAGUGUUUCUUCUGAUUGGAUUCAAUAUCUUUUCAAAUUUGAUCGUCCAUUUGAAAUCCUUGACAACAUGGAAGUUCUACAGAAAAUGGAUUUAGGCUGUGUGAAUUGUAGGGACUUGGCCUCCAACCUWCCAUCCUCAUCGGCUGAGCAUGAGUGAUAGUUACUUGAAAGUUACUUGAUAGUUACUGAAAAAUGAAAGUAUCACAAGAUGCCAA